CACCAACGUAACGACAUGAAGGAACGCGAAUUCCUCGGAUCAACCAGGCAGGUCAUCAGCCUCUUGCUGAGUCACUUGUACGCGCUUGAGCCCUCCAUCUCGAGCGAGCCCACGUACGGCCCCUUACGUUACUGUGAGAGCAUCAACACCAUCAACACCAUUAAUGACAACGACAACAGUAAAAACGAUCGUUUGGAUGAUGCACGCUUGAUACAGGCGAAUCAUGUCAAGCAGUACCUUAAGACCGCCCUCAAAGAUCGCUUCAAUAGCAGGUUAUGGCUUACAAUCCAAACUCACAUCAGUAAUAACGUGGACUAGAAUAGCAGCGAAUUUGAACAAAACUGGAUCGCUUUAGUUCUUCUACAUCAAAACGGUC